CAUUAUGAUCUCUGAAUCCAUAGUGUAUGUUUGGGGAGGUAUAAUCUCGCCUAAACAUUCUAGCUGACAAUGAAGGCCAAUUGGGAUUGGGCAAGAACCGAGGAUCCUCCCAAUACUAUCACAUUCCCAAGAUUUGCCAUUACAAAAUUGGGUUUAUCUAAGUUUCUUGCGGCAAGGAUCACACCGCCCUUCUGACUUAGAACGGCCAUGUGUAUACAAUGGGUUGCAAUGAACAUAACAAAUUGGCACAUGUCAACAAACAGUCCCUUUACGCUCCCCAAAGAAUAGAGCAACUAAACAAGUACAACUUCCGAUAUUAAAUAGAGAGUUAUACAAGUUUCUUGUGGUUCCACUCACACUGCGUGUGUUACGUCUGAUGGAUCCCUCUUCACUUGGGGAGACAAUUCUUGUGGCCAAUUAGGAGUCAAGUAAAAUGGGAAUUUGAACAGAGUGAGCACUCUAACAAAUUGCAUUCAGGUGUCAUGUGGCAACAAACACACAUUGGCAUUGACAGGUAUUUACGUAUAUAAAUAACAUGUAAGAUGCUUAGGAAUGUUUUGGUUUUGGAUUGAAUGAUGAUUCUCAAUUGGGAAUUCCCAGAUUGAAAACUGUUAUUGAACCAACCAAAAUUAAAUUGCCUUCCUUAUAGCAAGUCAGUGCAGGCAAUCUAUUUUCUGUGUUCUUGACUCAAGAUGGAAUUGUGUACAUUUGUGGAUUGGGUUUUGGAAAUUUAUAAAAAUUAAACUAUAAAUGUAAGAAGAUCUACUGAUUAAUAAUAGAAAAAUUUAUUAAAAUUGAUGGCAAAAGCACUCCAAUCGGUUUGACUUAAUCGAAUGAGUUGAUCUUUUUUGAACUAGACGAAUAGCUUAUGAAUAUCAAAGAUUUCUGCAUGGGAGAAUUAGUUGGAAUGUGCAUAGGAGACAAAGUUUAUUAAUGGUAAUUUGAUCCAGAAUAAAAGAGAAUUACUCAACUCAAAUCAAUUGAUUAAUUGUAUUCGAAAUAGAUAAUACAUUUCUCUGCUGGCAAUAGUCAUCUGAUAUGCAUUGAAUAGAAGGGGUCCUCGUCCUUUAUAGAGAGUAUCUGUAGUUCAACUACAACUCUCAGGGGGAAGCACGAGGAGAGGAGCAAAAGCAAUUACAUUGAAAAAUAAGAUGGUACUCAGAGUUUGAAAAUUUAACAACUCGAAAAAUAACUGGAGGAAAAAGAUAGAUUGAUCUAGCAAAUGAAAGCAGAUUACCAAUCCAAAUUGUAGCAGAUGCAACAAAAGCAAAAGGAAAUGGAGACUCAAUUGCUAAAUAAGGAUAAAGAAAUAGCUAAAUUGUAAUUAUAUUAUUGAAAUGUUAGAACAAUAGAGUUGCAUCGUCUGUAGGAAGAUCAAUAGAAUAAGAAUUCGGAUUCUGAAAUACUGCAAUGUCAUGUGCAAGAUGAAGCGAGCGAGGAUGAGGGCGAUGUCAAGGUCCUAAAGAAACAAACAUCAUUACCCUAUUAGUAAGCGACUCUGACCUAUCAUCACACUUCUCAUUCUUAGUUACAAAACUAUUCGUAUCAAUAGUAAGUCAAGAGUCCUGUCAAGACCAUGAUCCAAGAAAAUCAAUUUGAGGAUAGUCUGUAGAAAAACAAAUUCUGCAAAACCGACCAUGAUAGGGAGGGCAAGUAUCAAUCUUUGGAAAAGCAAAGGAAGAAGGAAGUGUUGAAUGAGAGACCUCAGAGUUCGAUACGGGAGAAGAGCAAUAACAAUAAUAAUGAGAAGACGAAUCUUUCUACGAUAAAAUCUAGAUUAACAGAUUUGUAGAAAAAUAAGGAGCAACUUGAAUAGAGAAUGAGACAAUUUGAGGAUCGUCUUAGGGAAAAUAAGUUAUAUACAAAGUGA